GUACUUCACAUGUGUGCAGUCACUUGAUCCUCAUCGUAAACUUGAGAGGAAAACACCGUUGCCAUCCUCACUUUGCACAUGAGAAAGCUGAGGCACAGAGCGGUAAAUGCCACGGCAUGUGUUGGAGUCACACAAUAAGUGAUGACUGACUGCAUUGCCUAGAAGAUGAAUGUUUUCUUAUGUUGGAGACAGCCAUCCUGGAUGGUAGGCAGGAAGAGAAUGAGGCUGCCUGCAAAUUUCCAGUGGCUCUUAGCAACAUUUAUUCUUCUGUGUCUACUCAGUCAAGUAAACAGCCAGAGAAAGGGGACACCUCGUGAUUUGAAGUGCACAACGGACAAUUUACAGAUAUGGGACUGUUCCUGGAAAGCACCCCUAGGAACAGGCCAUGGCACCAUUUAUCAAGUUUGCAUUGACGACAGGUCCCAUUCUUGUCAUCAGUUAGAGAAAGCAAAUAUUAAAAUCCCAGCUCUUUCACCUGGUGAUCAUGAAAUAACAAUAAAUUCUCUACAUGAUUUUGAAAGUUCUAUAAGUACAUUCAUACUGAAUGAAAAAAAUGUUUCCUUAAUUCCAGAAAGUCCAGAGAUCUUGAAUUUGUCUGCUGAUUUCUCAACUUCUACAUUACACCUAAUGUGGAAUGACAAGGGUUCUAUUUUUCCUCAACACUCAAAUGUCAUCUGGGAAAUCAAAGUUCUACGUAAAGAUAGUAUGGAGCUCAUAGAAUUAGUGACUUUCAACACCACUCUGAAUGGCAGAGAUACAGUCCAUCACUGGAGUUGGGCCUCAGACAUGCCCUUGGAGUGUGCCAUUCAUCACGUGAGAAUUAGGUGCUAUAUUGACUCUCUUCAUUUCUCUGGUCACAAAGAGUGGAGUAACUGGAGCCCAGUGAAGAACAUUUCUUGGACUCCUGAUUCUCAGACCAAGGUUUUUCCUCAAGACAACGUAGUACUUGUAGGCUCAGAUAUAACAUUUUGUUGUAUAAGUCAAGAAAAAGUGUUAUUGGCACAGAUUGGCAGUAAAAAUUGUCCCCUUAUCCAUCUUGAUGGAGAAAAUGUUGCCAUCAAAAUCCAUAAUAUUUCUGUUUCUGAAAAUAGUGGAACAAAUGUGAUUUUCACAACAGAAGAUUACAUAUAUGGAACAGUUAUUUUUGCAGGAUAUCCACCUGAUGUUCCGCAAAAACUGAAUUGUGAAACGCAUGAUUUAGAAAAAAUUGUCUGUAGCUGGAAUCCAGGAAGACCAACAGCAUUGGUGGGCCCACGAAGUACAAAUUACACUUUAUUUGAAAGUUUUUCAGGAAAAUAUGUUACAUUUAAAAAUGCUGAAGUACCUACAAAUGAAAGCUAUUGGGUAUUCUUUGAAAUGAUUCCGAAUCAAGAAAUAUAUAAUUUUACUCUGAAUGCUCACAAUCCUCUUGGGAGAUCAGAAUCAACAAUGCUAGUUAACAUCACUGAAAGAGUUUCUCCACAUACUCCUACUUCAUUCAGAGUGAAGGAUAUUAACUCAAAAGCUGUUACACUUUUUUGGCGCUUAUCAGGCAACUUUGCAAAGAUUAACUUGUUAUGUCAAAUUAAAAUUAAUAAAGCUAAUUCAAAACAAGAGUUGCGGAAUAUCACAAUCAAAGGACUAAAAAAUUCAAGUUACCGGGUUGCUGUGGACAAAUUAAAUCCAUAUACUAUAUAUACUUUCCGGAUUCGUUGUUCUUCUCAUACUCACUGGAAAUGGAGUAAAUGGAGCAACGAAAAACAACAUUUAACCACAGAAGCCACUCCUUCAAAAGGACCAGAUACUUGGAGAGAGUGGAGUUCUGAUGGAAAAAAUUUGAUAAUCUACUGGAAGCCUUUGCCUAUUAAUGAAGCUAAUGGAAAAAUCCUUUCCUAUAAUGUAUCGUGUUCAUCAGACGAGGAAACACAGUCUCUUUCUGAGAUCCCUGAUCCUCAACACAAAGCAGAAAUACGCCUAGAUAAAAAUGACUACAUCAUCAGUGUGGUAGCAAAGAACUCUGUUGGCUCAUCACCACCUUCUAAAAUAGCCAGCAUGGAAAUCCCAAAUGAUGAUCUCAGAGUGGAGCAGGUUGUUGGAAUGGGAAAGAGGAUUCUCCUCACCUGGCAUGCUGACCCCAACAUGACCUGUGACUAUGUUGUUAAAUGGUGUAAUUCAUCUCGGUCUGAGCCCUGCCUUAUGGAUUGGAAAAAAGUUCCCUCAAAUAGCACCGAGGCCGUAAUAGAAUCUGAUCAGUUUCGGCCAGGUGUCAGAUACAGUUUUUUCCUAUAUGGGUGCAGAAAUCAAGGAUAUCAGUUAUUACGUUCCAUAAUUGGAUAUAUUGAAGAAUUGGCUCCAAUUGUCGCACCGAAUUUUACUGUUGAAGAUACAUCUGCGGAUUCCAUAUUAGUAAAAUGGGAAGAUAUUCCUGUGGAAGAGCUUAGAGGCUUUUUAAGAGGAUAUUUAUUUUACUUUGAAAAAGGAGAGAGAGAUACAUCUAAAGUAAGGGGUUUGGACUCAGGUCGUUCUGACAUCAAGGUGAAGAAUAUUACUGACUUAUCCCAGAAGACACUGAGGAUUGCUGAUCUUCAAGGUAAAACGAGUUACCAUCUGGUUCUGCGAGCCUACACAGAUGGUGGCCUAGGCCCAGAGAAGAGCAUGUUUGUGGUGACAAAGGAGAACUCUGUGGGAUUAAUUAUUGCCAUUCUCAUCCCGGUGGCAGUGGCUGUCAUUAUUGGAGUGGUAACAAGUGUCCUUUGCUAUCGGAAACGAGAAUGGAUUAAGGAGACCUUCUACCCUGAUAUUCCAAAUCCAGAAAAUUGUAAAGCAUUACAGUUUCAAAAGAGUGUCUGCGAGGGAAGCAGUGCUCUUAAAACACUGGAAAUGAAUCCUUGUACCCCAAAUAAUGUUGAGGUUCUGGAAACUCGGUCAACACUUCCUAAAAUAGAAGAUACAGAAAUAAUUUCCCCAGUAGCCGAGCGUCCCACAGAUAGCUCUGAUGUAGAACCUGAAAACCAUGUGGUCGUGUCUUAUUGCCCACCAAUCAUUGAGGAAGAAAUUCCGAACCCAGCUGUGGAUGAAGCAGGAGGGACUUCACAGGUCAUCUACAUUGACGUUCAGUCCAUGUAUCAGCCUCAGGCCAAACCUGAGGAAGACCAAGAAAUCGACCCCAUAGUUGGGGCAGGCUAUAAACCACAAAUGCGCCUCCCCAUUAACUCUGCUGUAGAAGAGACAGCAGCAGAAGAUGACAUAGAUAAAACUGCGGGCUACCGACCUCAGGCAAAUGUAAAUACUUGGAAAUUGGUCUCUCCAGACUCUCCUAGAUCCACAGACAGCAACAGUGAAAUUGUCUCUUUUGGAAGUCCGUGCUCCAUCAAUUCCCGACAGUUUUUGAUUCCCCCUAAAGAUGAAGACUCUCCUAAAUCAAGUGGAGGAGGGUGGUCCUUUUCAAACUUUUUUCAGAACAAACCAAAUGAUUAAAACGUCACCCUGUCACUUCAGUCUGCCAUCUCAAUAAGCUCUUACUGCUGGUGUUGCUGCCGCACACUGGGUGUCCUUGGCGGGACACUGAAGUAUUGCUACCCAGGUGAACUGCACUGUGUGCAAGUUACACCAGAAGUGUUAACGUCUUUCAUGUAGUCAGAAGCCAAGGACAGUGACUCAGAACCCUCACUACCACGAAACCCAACAUUUGGGGCUAUUGUGACCAACCCAAAGAAUUCUUCAGGAAGCAUUUCAAGGCCAAUACUGUUUUGGACAUAUAUGCAAAACAAAUCUUGCAUCAGCUCUUCUCUGUUGUUAAUGGUUUUCUCUAUGUGUACCUAGUAGAAUUGCAAGGGGAUUUGCAGGCAAGGGAGAGCAGUGCUGAAGUCAUGUAAUGUUUAUUUGCCUGACAUUAACUCCAUUCUAGAGGAAAACCAAGCACAGAUUUUAAAACUUUUAAGAUUAUUCUCCUCUAUCUACAGCAUUUAUAAAAGUUAAUAUAAUUUUUAAUGUAGUAACAACCAUUUACUGUUCUGGUUGAUGAAGUGUGCUGAUUUCUGUGCCUACUGUAUAAUGGUUAUCAAACAGCUGUCUCAGGGUGCAAACAUGGAAAAUGAGUGGGACGCUGACCAGCCCCAAUCAGAAUAGCAUUGUCUUGCUUCAGUAGAUUUUUCAAUUCUUUCCGUUAUAUUUUGCAUUUGUGCUAGCUUCCAUUAUUACAAAGGGAUGCCCUAAUAUUGAAACUUAAGUUUCUAGAACCACAGAUCCAAGGAUUUUGUUUAACCCAUUUUAUUUUGUGACAUGGUGUUAGCUUUAUAUGAGCAAAUUCAUUAUUAAUCAUAAACAUAAUACUAUGUGAGAUGACUACUAAGCAAUAUCUAGCAAUAUUUGCUGUUUGAUGUAGCUCUGAUUGGCUUGUAUUUCCCAACAAUGAGAAGACCAUGCCCUUGAGCCUGGUCACCACACAGCUGUAAUCUUCAAAGCUUCUCAACAGGUUUUCCUCUCAUUCAUCAGUCCUGAUUUCCCUUUUAAGUGACCUUUGCAUCAGACUGUCAGAUCAAGUCCUCAGAUUUUUAAGCAUAAAACUAAGUUGAAGAUGCUUCUUCCAGGAAUAGUGACUCCAGGGCUAUUUCCUAUUAAAGGUCAUCAAUGGAUUUGAAUUGGUAGCCAGCUCUGUAUCACAGGUGUGGCAGCUGCUAGUGAACCCUGUGCUGUUGGUGUCUUCAGCAUGGCAACUUCUAACCACCCUGGCUUCUCAGCAGCAAUCUCGAGAAUAAAUCUGGUUCUUGGAAAAGUA